AUGUUGGCCACGUGGGCCUCGCCAGUCAUUUCGUCUUCUCUGGAAUCUUUCGCUCUGGAGAGGUUGCUUGCCGAUGCGACCCCUAUAUUUGGCAACUACGUGAAAGAAACAGAAGACAAGGCGGAAUGGAUGAAAAAUCACCAUGAUGAGACGCAGCUUGUCCACAUGAACAUUCCGGGCACCCACGACAGCGCGACAUGGAACUACAGCCAGGCAACUCGGGCCUCUCUUCUAGGCAUCACCGAUCUCAAUCAGGUGACUGUUCCGGUGCCUGAGACUUUCCGCUGUCAGGAUCUGUCCUUGGUCGGCAUGCUGAAUAAGGGUAUCCGGGCAUUUGACUUGCGUUACGCGUUUGAUCCCACUAACACGACAAUCGUCUUCUACCACUCGGAGGCUCUGCUGUCUGAAAUUGCUACUCUGGAUGAUGUACUUUUUGGAUUCUACAAGUGGCUGGAUGACCACCCGUCGGAAACUUUAUUCCUAUCUCUCCAGUACGAAGGCUCAACAGCAAAAUACGCGUCCAAUGACGCGUCACUCCAGCUCAAACUGUUCAACACGCUGACCUCCCCGGUUGCGCGUAAGUACUUUGUUCAGAAAAAGAACGAACUUGGAACUCUGGGUGAAGGGCGCGGAAAAAUAACCUUGAUGCGUCGUUUCGACCUUGACCAAUUGGCAGACUCCUAUACGGCCGCGAUGCCAGGGCUUCACUUCUCGCCAAGCCUGUGGACCGACAAUGACCCCAAUAUCGCCCUCACAUACAACGAGAAAAUUAAUUUGACCGCCUAUAUUGAAGACUAUUACGAGCCUACCACACCCGCUGGAUCUACGGCGGCCGAAAACAUACAGUGGAAGUACAAUGCUACCACCAGUCAUAUUGUCAAGGCGACAAUGGAACACCCCGACAGUCUCUUCUGGACUUGGACAUCCAGCGAGAACACCGAUAACGUACCCCCUGUUUGGCCGGAGAUCAUGGCUGUUGGAAACGGUACUUUGACUCCCAGGGGAGGCGUUAAUCAGCGCCUUGUUCCUUUCUUGAAGGAGCAGAAGGGGAAGCGAGUUGGAAUUGUCAUGUUUGAUUACUUCGAUUUCCCAUCUGAUCUUAUCGAUGAGUUCUUGAGUCUAUGA